AUGUCAAUAGAUGGCGUUAUAUAUUAUAAUAGUUCAGCUUUCCUUCAUCGUUCUUUCGUUGAAUUUAGAAGGCUGGAGAAGUUCUCGCAGAAAUAUGGAAUAACAUGGUUAUCGACAGUGCUGAAAGCUUUAUUCCAAAUGUGCCUUUGCUUUGACAAAUUGCCUUAUGACUUGUAUUGCCCUAGCCAGAAGAAUGAUCGUCAGCAGCCUGUGGGAAGGACGUGUCACGUGCCAGAGGUGUGGACUGCACUUCUGUACACAGAAUGUAAAGGCACGUGUAAAUUCACAUAUAAAAUGAAUACAAAUAUAUAUUUGUGUAAAGGUGGCCUUAUCACUUCCAGGCAACCUACAUUAGAAAGAAACUCGUUGUGUUGCAUGGACUUGUAUCUGUGCGUACACGCACUGCACUAUAACAUCUCUUGUGCAGUUGGC